AUGCCCCCGAUACGGGACAGGGGAAAGUGUGGAGGGGUGGGGGGAGGGUCUCGGUUUGGAUAUUUAGCGCCGCCCCACAACUCGCUCACAGGCUCCUCAUUUCCCCUACACUCACCUCCUAAUCUCUCCUACGCUCUCCUCCUACUCUCCUCCUACUCUCCCCUACGCUCUCCUCCUACUCUCCCCUACGCUCUCCUCCUACUCUCCUACACUCCCCUCCUACUCUCCCCUACACUCUCCUCCUACUCUCCCCUACACUCUCCUCCUACUCUCCCCUACGCUUUCCUCUUACUCUCCUUCUACACUCUCCUACUCCUACUCUCUUCUACGCUCUCCUCCUCUCCCCUACACUCACCUCCUACUCUCCCCUACACUCUCCUCCUACUCUCCCCUACUCUCCCCUACACUCUCCUCCUACUCUCCCCUACACUCUCCUCCUACUCUCCCCUACACUCUCCUCCUACUCUCCCCUACACUCACCUCCUAAUCUCUCCUACGCUCUCCUCCUACUCUCUCCUACACUCUCCUCCUACUCUCCCCUACUCUCUCCUCCUACUCUCCCCUACGCUUUCCUCUUACUCUCCUUCUACACUCUCCUACUCCUACUCUCUUCUACGCUCUCCUCCUCUCCCCUACACUCACCUCCUACUACUCCCCUACACUCUCCUCCUACUCUCCCCUACACUCUCCUCCUACUCUCCCCUACACUCACCUCCUAAUCUCUCCUACGCUCUCCUCCUACUCUCCCCUACACUCUCCUCCUACUCUCCCCUACACUCUCCUCCUACUCUCUCCUACACUCUCCUCCUACUCUCCCCUACACUCACCUCCUACUCUCCCCUACACUCUCCUCCUACUCUCUCCUACACUCUCCUCCUACUCUCCCCUACACUCUCCUCCUACUCUCCCCUACACUCUCCUCCUACUCUCCCCUACACUCUCCUCCUACUCUCCCCUACACUCUCCUCCUACUCUCCCCUACACUCACCUCCUAAUCUCUCCUACGCUCUCCUCCUACUCUCUCCUACACUCUCCUCCUACUCUCCCCUACACUCUCCUCCUACUCUCCCCUACACUCUCCUCCUACUCUCCCCUACACUCUCCUCCUACUCUCCCCUACACUCUCCUCCUAAUCUCUCCUACGCUCUCCUCCUACUCUCUCCUACACUCCCCUCCUACUCUCCCCUACACUCUCCUCCUACUCUCCCCUACGCUUUCCUCUUACUCUCCUUCUACACUCUCCUACUCCUACUCUCUUCUACGCUCUCCUCCUCUCCUACACUCACCUCCUACUCUCCCCUACACUCUCCUCCUACUCUCCCCUACACUCUCCUCCUACUCUCCCCUACACUCUCCUCCUACUUUCCCCUACGCUUUCCUCUUACUCUCCUUCUACACUCUCCUACUCCUACUCUCUUCUACGCUCUCCUCCUCUCCCCUACGCUCUCCUCCUACUCUCCCCUACGCUCUCCUCGUACUCUCCCCUACAAUCUCCUCCUACUCUCCCCUACGUUUUCCUCUUACUCUCCUUCUACUCUCUUCUACGCUCUCCCCUACGCUCCCCUCCUACUCUCCCCUACACUCUCCUCCUACUCUCCCCUACGCUCUCCUUCUACUCUCUCCUCCUACUCUCCCCCUACACUCUCCUCCUACUCUCUCCUACACUCUCCUCCUACUCUCCCCACGCUCUCCUUCUACUCUCUCCUCCUACUCUCCCCUAUGCUCUCCUCCUACACUCCCCUUCUACUCUCCCCCUACAAUCUCCUCCUACUCUCCCCUACACUCUCCUCCUACUCUCUCCUACACUCUGAGUUUGGAUAUUUAGCGCCGCCCCACAACUCGCUCACAGGCUCCUCAUUUCCCCUACACUCACCUCCUAAUCUCUCCUACGCUCUCCUCCUACUCUCCUCCUACUCUCCCCUACGCUCUCCUCCUACUCUCCCCUACGCUCUCCUCCUACUCUCCUACACUCCCCUCCUACUCUCCCCUACACUCCCCUCCUACUCUCCCCUACACUCUCCUCCUACUCUCCCCUACACUCUCCUCCUACUCUCCCCUACGCUUUCCUCUUACUCUCCUUCUACACUCUCCUACUCCUACUUUCUUCUACGCUCUCCUCCUCUCCCCUACACUCUCCUCCUACUCUCCCCUACACUCUCCUCCUACUCUCCCCUACACUCUCCUCCUACUCUCCCCUACACUCUCCUCCUACUCUCCCCUACACUCUCCUCCUACUCUCCCCUACACUCACCUCCUAACUCUCCUCUCCCUACGCUCUCCUCCUACUCUCCCCUACACUCUCCUCCUACUCUCCCCUACACUCUCCUCCUACUCUCUCCUACACUCUCCUCCUACUCUCCCCUACACUCACCUCCUACUCUCCCCUACACUCUCCUCCUACUCUCUCCUACACUCACCUCCUACUCUCCCCUACACUCUCCUCCUACUCUCCCCUACACUCACCUCCUACUCACUCUCCCCUACACUCUCCCUCCUCCUACUCUCUCCUACACUCUCCUCCUACUCUCCCCUACACUCUCCUCCUACUCUCCCCUACACCUCUCUCUCCCUACUCUCCUCCUACACUCUCCUCCUACUCCUCUCUCCCUACACUCUCCUCCUACUCUCCCCUACACUCACCUCCUACUCUCCCCUACACUCUCCUCCUACUCUCUCCUACACUCUCCUCCUACUCUCCCCUACACUCUCCUCCUACUCUCCCCUACACUCUCCUCCUACUCUCCCCUACACUCUCCUCCUACUCUCCCCUACACUCUCCUCCUACUCUCCCCUACACUCUCCUCCUACUCUCCCCUACACUCACCUCCUAAUCUCUCCUACGCUCUCCUCCUACUCUCUCUCCUACACUCUCCUCCUACUCUCCCCUACACUCUCCUCCUACUCUCCCCUACACUCUCCUCCUACUCUCCCCUACACUCUCCUCCUACUCUCCCCUACACUCUCCUCCUAAUCUCUCCUACGCUCUCCUCCUACUCUCUCCUACACUCCCCUCCUACUCUCCCCUACACUCUCCUCUUACUCUCCUUCUACACUCUCCUACUCCUACUCUCUUCUACGCUCUCCUCCUCUCCUACACUCACCUCCUACUCUCCCCUACACUAUCCUCCUACUCUCCCCUACACUCUCCUCCUACUCUCCCCUACACUCUCCUCCUACUUUCCCCUACGCUUUCCUCUUACUCUCCUUCUACACUCUCCUACUCCUACUCUCUUCUACGCUCUCCUCCUCUCCCCUACGCUCUCCUCCUACUCUCCCCUACGCUCUCCUCGUACUCUCCCCUACAAUCUCCUCCUACUCUCCCCUACGUUUUCCUCUUACUCUCCUUCUACUCUCUUCUACGCUCUCCCCUACGCUCCCCUCCUACUCUCCCCUACACUCUCCUCCUACUCUCCCCUACGCUCUCCUUCUACUCUCUCCUCCUACUCUCCCCCUACACUCUCCUCCUACUCUCUCCUACACUCUCCUCCUACUCUCCCCUACGCUCUCCUUCUACUCUCUCCUCCUACUCUCCCCUAUGCUCUCCUCCUACACUCCCCUUCUACUCUCCCCCUACAAUCUCCUCCUACUCUCCCCUACACUCUCCUCCUCUCUCCCCUACAAUCUCCUCCUGCUCUCCCCCUACACUCUCCUCCUACUCUCCCCUACGCUCUCCUCCUACUUUCUCCUACGCUCUCCUCCUAUUCUCCCCUACGCUCUCCUCCUACUUUCUCCUACGCUCUCCUCCUACUUUCCCCUACGCUCUCCUCCUACUUUCCCCUACGCUCUCCUCCUACUUUCUCCUACGCUCUCCUCCUAUUCUCCCCUACGCUCUCCUCCUACUUUCUCCUACGCUCUCCUCCUACUUUCUCCUACGCUCUCCUCCUACUUUCUCCUACGCUCUCCUCCUACUUUCUCCUACGCUCUCCUCCUACUCUCUUCUGCGCUCUCCCUCUACACUCUCCUUCUGCUCUCCCCUACAAUCUCCUCCUACUCUCCCCUACGCUCUCCUCCUACUUUCUCCUACGCUCUCCUCCUACUCUCUUCUGCGCUCUCCCUCUACACUCUCCUUCUGCUCUCCCCUACACUCUCCUCCUACUCUCCCCUACGCUUUCCUCUUACUCUCCUUCUACACUCUCCUACUCUCCUCCUACGCUCUCCUCCUCCUCUCCCCUACACUCUCCUCCUACUCUCCCCUACGCCCUGCUCCUUCUCUUUCCUACGCUCUCCUCCUACACUCUCCUCCUACUCUCCCCUACACUUCUCUCCUACACUCUCCUUCUGCUCUCCUCCUACACUUCCCUCCUACUCUCCCCUACACUUCUCUCCUACACUCUCCUCCUGCUCUCCCCCUACGCUUUUCUCCUACGCUCCCCUACGCUCUCCUCCUACUCUCCCUACACUCUCUUCCUACACUCUCCUACGCUCUCCUCCUACUCUCCCCUACGCUAUAAUCCUACGCUCCCCUACGCUCUCCUCCUACUCUCCCCUACACUCUCUUCCUACUCUCCCCUACGCUCUCCUCCUACUCUCCCCUACACUCUCUUCCUACACUCUCCUACGCUCUCCUCCUACUCUCCCCUACACUCUCUUCCUACACUCCCCUACACUCUCCUUCUACUCUCCCCUACGCUUUCCUCUUACUCUCCUACUCUCUUCUACGCUCUCCUCCUCCUCUCCCCUACGCUCUCCUCCUACUCUCUCCUACUCUCCCCUACGCUCUCCUCCUACUCUCUCCUACUCUCCCCUACACUCUCCUCCUACUCUCUCCUACACUUUCCUUCUACUCUCCUCCUACUCUCCUCUUACACUGCAGAGGAGUUAUAG